AUGCAACCUUAUCCCCAUCCUUUUCAUCGAAUUAACACAAUUUUAAGAGUUAUUUAUGAAAUAAUUACUGAUCGCCUGCCCACAGAACUUGUCGGUUUGACGCCAACAACGUUUGAAGAAGUUUAUCAUCAAUUCGAACACGUAGCUAUUCAAAGAUUAUCUUCAACAAAAACUCGUGUUCAUACGCGAAUUAUUGAUGGAAAUCUUUUAUUCUUACUUGUGCACUGGCUCAGAUGUUAUCCGACUUAUCGUCAACUAAGUCUACUAUUUGGUGUGAGACCAAAACAAAUCAGUCGAUACAUUCGUCGCUUUUUACCAGAUUUAGCAGAAAGUCUUAAAGCAGAAAUACGAUGGCCGCCAUUGGCUGAAUUCGAUCAACAACUUUGCAGACAUCCAGAAAUUGGAUGCUUCGUUGAAUCAAUCGACGGCACGCGUUACCGUAUUCAGAGGCCAGGUAAACGUCAACGUAUCUAUUAUAGUGGCAAGACCAAAUACCACUGUCUUGCAAGUAUUUAUGUAAUUAACAAUGAUCGAAAAUUAAUUUUAUUUGAAAGUGGAUUUUUUGGUUCUUAUCAUGAUUCAAGAAUAUUUAGCAGUCUACAAGUUGGCCUUAAUAAUCCAAUACCUCCAAACACGUUCAUCUUAGACGAUCGAGGCUUUGCCAAUAAACCGCCAAUAAUUACACCUUAUCGAAAAAAUGAAUUACCUCAUGCCGGCAUCACCGAAUUUCAACGUUUUUUAUAUAAUAAAACACUAUCAAGUUAUCGAGUCUACGUUGAACAUGUUACACAUGAAUUUAAACUAUAUAAAGUCUUAUCAAACAAUUACCAUCAUGAAAUAUUUAACUUAAAUUUUUAUAAACUAAUUAGUUUAUGUGUAGCAUGUUUAGCAAAUAAACGUUGUAAUGAUUUUUAUGUAACAUCAAUAUAA